AGAAGUGCGAGCAAGGGAAGAAAUUCAUUUGCACAGCAGAAGUAUCCACCAAAAAUUUAACAUGGAAACUCUUUACGGGCUCCCAUUUGCAGUGCUAGAAUGCCCGAAUAUAAAACUAAAAAAGCCGUCUUGGCUCCAUAUGCCUUCGGCUAUGACGGUCUACGCUUUAGUAAUUGUGUCCUAUUUUCUCAUCACUGGAGGGAUAAUAUAUGAUGUCAUUGUUGAACCGCCGAGCGUUGGUUCUAUGACGGAUGAACACGGUCAUCAAAGACCUGUGGCCUUUUUGGCGUACAGGGUCAACGGGCAGUACAUCAUGGAGGGCCUGGCCUCCAGCUUCCUCUUCACCAUGGGGGGCCUGGGCUUCAUCAUCCUGGACCGCUCCAACGCCCCCAACAUUCCCAAGCUCAACCGCUUCCUCCUGCUCUUCAUCGGCUUCGUCAGCGUGCUGCUCAGCUUCUUCAUGGCCCGCGUCUUCAUGAGGAUGAAGCUGCCUGGAUACCUCAUGGGUUAGAGAUGAACGCACAGGAACAUCACAGAGAGGAUGGAAGGAAGAAGAGUAGGAGGCUCAAGACAAGACAGGGAAGGUGGAGGAACCCCUGGCUCUACUGGAAUGCCCUCCGAUCGAGACUGAACUGCCAUUAGCAUAGCCAGGCUAAUGGCAUUUCAGCAUAGACGAAGCGCUUACAUCUACUUUUCACAACAUACUCAAGUAUGAAAUCAAUACUUCCAGUUUUAUUCAAAUUUCCAGAAAGGAAUCACCAGGUCUGUUUUUUUUUAUGUGUAUUGUCCAGCACAAAGCUGUCCGAUUGAUUUCGUUUUUUUGUUUCUGGGAUGUAAAGGUUAGUUUCUUUAUCUCUGAGGAGCACUUUCCGUUUAUAAACACGGCGUGCUCUUCGAAGGUCGCCUUAAGGAUAGUUACCCAGAUGGUGCGUGAUGUUCAGUUUUUUCCUAAGAAGAGCGAAAAUAAACGUUUGUACUUUCCAGA